GAUUUUGAAUGCAUGCAAGACACGGGGGAACACAUUCCAAAUUUGUGCGUGGUGCAACUGGGAUGUGGACGGUGCAUCAGUGAAGUCAGCAAGGACUUGUGCGAACACUGUCCAUGGAGAGAAGAAGGAUAUGGUCCCAGCCGUGAGAUCGUGUUUCGAGGCCCCACCAUGCGACAUGAUGUGUGUGUGUGGUUGACCACGUUGGCUGAAAAACCCAAGAAGAAGCCCCACCAAGAGGAAGAGGAGGGCAGCACACGCAAGGGGACAACAGACCGCCUGGGGAAAAAAAAGAAAACAGGAUGACACCCCCUCAAGAAAGUACGCUUCCAAACGUCAACGACAUGCAUCACCCCAGCAGGAGGCGGAGGAGGGGGAGGGGGAAGAGGUCAUGGAAGUGGAGAAAACAAAGAAGCCAAAGAACAAGAACACCACUUGCCAUACAGUCCUGAAGGAGGAUGGCAUUUAUGUGAUUGCCCACAAUGCACGAUCGUAUGAUUUACACUUGAUCCUGAAGGGCCUGUCCCCCCCUCCUGGUCACACUCCCCACCAAGAUCCGACAUGGCCAUUUUGCAGAUGACCCUGGGACAGUUGUGUUUCGAAGACAGCUUAAAUUUCAUCCCUUACCCCCUGAAAGCCUUUUCCAAGAGCUUUGGGCUGAAAGAAAUGAAGAAAGGGUACUUUCCGCACUUUUUCAAUACGGGAGUCAACCAGACCUACAGAGGUCCCUAUCCACCAGCCGUCACGUACGAUCCCGAUGGCAUGUCUCCCGCAGAACGCACAGUCUUCCUCCAGUGGCAUACUCAAAAAGUGCAAGAAGGAGCUUUGUUCGACUUACAAGGAGAACUUUUAGCUUACUGCCAGAGCGAUGUGGACAUUUUGAGACGGGGAUGCGCCGACUUCCGACAGAACGCCAUCCACUUGGUUGGCAUGGAUCCCUUUGUAGAAGUGUUGACAGCUGCUGCGUUCACCAUGAAAUCCUUCCGAAAACACGACCUGAAACCCAAUACCAUUGCCAUUCUUCCACCUCAAGGCUACCAACCCAAGAGAAACUAUUCCCAGGCCUGUAUGCACUGGCUCCACUAUCUGAUGGAAACGGACCCCCAUCUGCACCUCCAGCACGCCAGGAAUGGAGGUGAACAAGAGUUCACGUGUGGAGAGGGCCACCAUCGGUACAGCGUGGAUGGCUACGAUCCAGCGACAGGCACCAUCUACGAAUUCAUGGGCUGUUUCUGGCAUGGGUGCCAGACCUGUCACAAGACCCGACGUGGAGAACCGCAUCCCGUCCUGGGCACGUCGUUGGGAGCCCGUUACACCGACACCCGCUACCGCUUGAGUCUCUUGAGUCAACACCCUGAGGUGAAACGGAUCGUCACCCUGUGGGAGCACGAGUUUACGAAAAUGCAAUGGGAGGACUCCGCUCUGCGUGCUUUCUUGCAGGGACCCCACUGUAUCCACGUCCCAGGGCCGCUCAACCCUCGCGACGCCUUCUAUGGAGGACGCACCAAUGCGACGCGGAUUGAAACUGAAUCGACAUGGACCCCUACAGAAAAAAACGGAUUGAAAUCUGACCAAUCCGAAGCCUGGGUUGUCGACCAAUCAGCGGCCGCGCUCGGGCCAUGGUGGGCUCUGAUUGGUCGAACCGAGGUUGUGUUUUCUCUCUCACGCUACAAGCCUAACCCUAUGGAAAACAAACACAAGGGUCGGUCCAGUUUGGAAAAAAUUGAGACUCAGACCAGACACCGGAACGGACCAAUCAGAAAGCAGGACCUCCGUGGCUUUUAAUACGACCGACGCUCUCCGGUCAUCACUUUUCACUGAACGGACCGAGCAACAACAUCGUCCCUCUGAUUGAUGUUCCUCACGUUGUGUUGGUUGUUGGCGUUUUAUCUGGAAGAAACACGUGUUUGGAGAGAGUACCAUCAAGUGUUGACGCACCUCCGUGAAGACUUGGAAAGAAACAACAACAACGAACAGAACAUCCGGACAAAAUCAUGUCGAACAACAUGACGAAACGGUUGAACGACAAGACACGAAGCGACAUGAGUGGCCAAGGAAGCAGUGGAGAUGGGAGCGGUGAAAUGACUGCUGAACUGUGGGGUGAAGUGUAUGACUUGCUGUGUUUAAAGAUGAAGACCGACGACGCGUACGCCAAGUUACGUGCGAAGGGCGACGACAUGAUGUGCGAACAGAUACGUUCAAAGAUGAGGAAGCUGACUGAACCCCAGAAAGGAACAUCGAAGAAGACGAUAAAUAAGAUCCAGAAGAAAAAGACGAGCAAACCCACAGCAGUUGUUGUCCCCACAGCAGCAGCAGCAGCAACACCCCCCACCACCACCACCACAGCGCCAGUCACCACCACCACCACCACAGCAGCCACAGCAACAACUGCAGCAGCGACAACAGACACCGAAACGAUGGGGACAUCCUUUUUGAAACCUGCAACACCUGCAACGUCUGCAAAAAAACGAUCACGGAAGAAAUUAUCUCUGAAGAUCUCUCCUCAAGAUCAACUGUAAGUACCCUGCUCUUCUUUGUCUCAGUCAUUCUUGAUGUGAUGUCGAUGUUGAUGAUGAUGAUGAUGAUGAUGUCGAUGUUGAUGAUGACUAUACCUAUGCAUAUGAUGAAUGGACUCUGUCCUAUGAUUGACAGGACCCCUGAUGUCAGUUCAGCCCAGUCCGUGCUAGAACAGUGGUGGGAACAAACCCCUCGGGAGCCCACCUAUUCACCGAAUUCCCCUGUGACGAUGGCGACGGGUGACCUUGAUGAUCAUGAAGCGCUCAAGCUGGCCACUCUCCCUUCCAUGGAUCUGGACACGCUCCCCCUGCUUGAGGCUUCUUGGUCACCAGCAUCACCGGAAGAUGUUCACGUCUACUCCUCAGGGAGGCCAUAGACUGUACGUGUUGAACGGAUGGACCUCUCACAUGUUUGAGGGAGGACCACCUCUUAUGGGAUUGAAGACGGAAGAGCUUGAAGAUGGAAGAGGAAAACGUUGUCGCGUUAUUGUUGUUGUUGUUGUAGGGACAUGCAAAGCACUCCCUCCUCCAUUGACUUUUCGUAUUUCCAUUGUAUCUGGUUGUGAUUGGUUUUUUCAUUAUUAAACAGUGAUUGAUUGAA